CUUUGCCUUUUUCACUGGUUUACUACUACGCUUUAAUUUAUAGUAAGGGUCUUUAUCAUAACCGUUACUCUCUUGUUCUUCUAGCAUUGCAAUCAUGUCGGGCACAACCACUCCCAGGAAACGUAAUCUUGAGGACGAUCUUCCAAGCUUUGAUGAUCCAGCGGAUUUAGUUAAUGCAGUUAUUUCGACUUUGCAACAACCUGAAGAUAGAACUAAUGUUGCAAAUAAUUACGCCAAUGAUAAAAACCAUGCUACUGAAAUUCAAGCCUACGCAAAGAUUGCUGGUCAAGAUUGGACUUUUUAUGUCAAGUCUUUAGCUGUUUCAAUCGGAAGAAAUACUGAUAAUCCCGGUGCUGCUAAUAAUUCAAACACUCCUUUAAUUGAUAUUGACUUGGGUCCUGCUAAAGUCGUUUCAAGACAACACGCUACCAUUACUUAUAAUAUCGAUUUGAGUUGUUGGGAAUUAAAAGUAUUGGGUCGUAAUGGUGCUAAAAUUGAUGGCCAAAAAAUGCCGGUUGGCAUUCAACAUGCAACUCCUUUACAUCUGGGAGCUAUUUUAGAUAUCGGUGGUACUCAAAUGAUUUUCAUUUUACCAGAUUCUCCUCCUGAUAUACUGCCUAAAAUGUUAUCUACUUGUUUAUCAAAAUAUAAAUCAAACAUGAAUAAAGUUAGAAAAUCUUCUUCAAGUUCUUAUUCUCAUUCUGGUCCAGUUAAAAGCUUCCAAAUGUUUGAUAAAGCUCAAUUAACUCAUUCUCCUUCAUCAGUUUCUGCAUCUUCUUUACAAAAUAAUUUAGAUCAAGAUUUAUCUAAAGUUGAAGCAAAAGAUAUAAAACCUCCUUAUUCUUAUGCUACCAUGAUUACCCAAGCUAUUUUAUCAAAUGACGAUGGUGUAAUGUCUUUAUCUGAUAUUUAUAAUUGGAUUAGUGAUCAUUAUGCUUAUUAUAAAUAUAGUAAAACUGGUUGGCAAAAUUCAAUUAGACAUAACUUAUCUUUAAAUAAAGCUUUUGAAAAAGUUCCAAGAAGACCAAAUGAACCAGGUAAAGGUAUGAAAUGGCAAAUUAGUGAAUCUUAUAAACAGGAUUUUUUAAAUAAAAUUCAAAAUGGUUCUUUACUGAAAACAAGAAGAGGAUCUUCAGUUUCAAGACAAUUACAAUUACAUUUAGCUACUCAUCAACAAUUACCUGAUACUCAAAAAUAUUUUGAUAAAAAUGAAAAGGCUAACUCUCAACCCCCUCAAUCAACUCACCAACAAUCUCAACCUCCUCAAUUACAUCAAAGAUCAGAUUCUUAUGAUUAUAGAUUUUCUCAUUCAAGAAAUAAUUCUAUACCUAAUUUAGGCCAGCCAAUGCAAUAUCCUGGAAUCCCUAAUAAUCCUAUACAAUCAAAUCCUCUUUCUUAUCUAAAUCAACCAAAUGGAGGUUUCAUGGGUAUUCCUCCAAAUGCUUCAAGAGCUUAUUCUCCUUAUCAACCAGUUGCUGCUCCUGCUCAUUUUAUGUAUGGUACUUCAAUGUUAAAUCAAUCUGCUCCUCCACCUCCAAUCCAACAACAACUUCAACCUCAACACAAUAAUGCUAAUAUAUACUUAGCCCAACAACAACAGCAUCAACAACCUCAACCCCAACCUCAACAACCCCAACCCCAACCUUCUCAACAAGUUCCUUCAGCUCCUCAAAAUUCAUUGAAUAAACCAAAAUCUAAUGAAGAUAAUCAAGCAUCAGAUCAAAAGACAAAAAGUGAACUAUCGUCUCCAAUGCGUCAGGAAAGUAACUUAAAUUCAACAACUCCAAAGCUCCCAAAAGUGACAUCGGGAGGUCAUUUAUUUAACCUCCCGCCCCCUUCUUCUAAUUCUCAUAACGUCGGUAGCUCAGCACCUCAAGCUCACCAUUCUCGUCUGCAUAGUUAUAAUAAUAAUACUAAUGGUGGCCAAGAUACUGGUAAUUCUUUUGGAAAUUCAACCAAUAAUCCAAAUAGUAGUGAAUCAAAUCAAAAUAAUACUACUGGUCAAACUAAUAAUACUUCUGAAUUUGGCAUGGGUUUUACUAGUCCAAAAAAAAUCGCUCCAUUAGAAGCAUUUACCCCAGAACGAGGUUCAAAAUCAAAUGGAGCUAAUAAAUUAGGAGUACCAAAUGGAUCUAAUACUAAUCAAUCUUCUCCAGCAUUUUGGAAUUUUGUUCAAUUUAGUACUCCAAACGCUCAAACUCCUUUAAGAAAGAAUAGCGAUGAACUGAAUAGUCAAGGAAGUCCAACAUUAAGUAGAAAAAAUUUAUCUAAUGGUUUGAAAAAUGAAGAUGACUUAAAUAAUAAUGAUGAAGAGAAUGAAAAUGGAGUUUCUACAAAUGAUGAUGGGUCACCAUCUGAAAAAGCUGAUGUUAAAAUUGAACUGGAUUCAAAAAGUGAUUUAAAUUCAAGAAAAGAUGAACCAGUCAGUACUUAA